UGUACUUCCUAACACUUGUAUAAUACCAUUUAUUAAUCGUCGUUGUAGUGGUUUAUGGUCGAAUAUAAGUUUAAAACCAUGUAGAGCUGACAUGUGCCCCUCCCUGAGAGAGGAGCAGGAUUGCUCUUGUCCUAAUAAGAGCCUCUGACAGACUGACAGACAGACAGACCGUCGGCCACCAGCUGCUCUCUCCUGCUAAGCCCACAGAGCUCUGGAGCCAUGCCCUCAGACCUUGCCAAGAAGAAAGCUGCCAAGAAGAAAGAGGCAGCCAAAGCUCGUCAAAGGGUCAAAAAGCACGAAGAGGUCGAGCAGCCGGAGGAAAAUGGAGCAGUUCUGAAUGGCGAGACGAAUGAAGAACUUUCUGCCCUGGCUAAAGAGCUAGAUGAGUUUGAGCUAAGGAAGAUAGAGGCACGGGCGGUUACAGGGGUCUUGGCAUCACACCUCAACAGUACAGAUGUUCACAUCAGCAGCCUUUCACUCACUUUCCAUGGGCAGGAGCUGCUGAGCGACACAAGCCUAGAACUGAACUCGGGCAGACGCUACGGUCUCAUUGGCCUCAAUGGCACAGGUAAAUCUAUGCUCCUGUCUGCUAUCGGCCAUCGAGAGAUUCCUAUCCCUGAGCACAUAGACAUUUAUCAUCUGACUCGUGAGAUGGCUACCAGUGAGAAGACAGCAUUACAGUGUGUGAUGGAGGUGGAUAAGGAGAGGAUCCAGCUGGAGAAGGAGGCAGAAAGACUGGCCCAUGAGGACUCAGAGUGCGAGAAGCUCAUGGAGAUCUACGAGCGUCUGGAAGAGCUGGAUGCAGACAAAGCCGAGGUUCGAGCUUCACGCAUUCUCUUUGGUCUGGGCUUUACCCCAGCCAUGCAGCACAAAAAGCUCAAAGACUUCAGCGGCGGUUGGAGAAUGCGUGCCUCGUUGGCCAGAGCGCUGUUCAUUAAGCCUUUCAUGCUUUUACUGGAUGAACCCACAAACCACCUUGACUUGGAUGCCUGUGUGUGGCUGGAGGAGGAACUCAAAUCGUUUAAGCGAAUUCUUGUACUCAUCUCACACUCCCAAGACUUCCUGAAUGGUGUUUGCACCAACAUCAUACAUCUACACCACAGGAAACUCAGAUACUACACAGGCAAUUACGACCAAUAUGUGAAGACCAGGGAGGAGCUGGAGGAGAACCAGAUGAAACGCUACAACUGGGAGCAGGACCAGAUAGCACAUAUGAAGAACUACAUUGCUCGAUUUGGUCACGGCUCAGCCAAGCUUGCUCGUCAGGCUCAAAGCAAAGAGAAGACGUUGCAGAAGAUGGUGGCUUCAGGCCUGACCUCCCGUGUAGUUACAGAUAAGACUCUGUCAUUUUAUUUUCCUCCCUGUGGGAAGAUUCCUCCUCCUGUCAUCAUGGUGCAGAAUGUCAGUUUCAGAUAUUCCGACAACACACCAUAUAUUUAUAAAAACUUGGAGUUUGGCAUUGACCUGGACACACGGGUGGCUCUAGUGGGCCCUAACGGAGCAGGGAAGUCCACUCUGCUGAAGCUCUUGAUGGGAGAGCUUCUUCCAUCUGAUGGUAUGAUCAGGAAACACUCCCACGUGAAGAUUGGCAGGUAUCACCAGCAUCUGACUGAACAGCUGGAGUUGGAUCUUUCUCCUCUAGAGUACAUGAUGAAGUGUUACCCAGAGAUCAAAGAAAAAGAGGAGAUGAGAAAGAUCAUCGGACGGUAUGGGCUGACGGGUAAACAGCAGGUGAGUCCCAUUAGGAAUCUGUCAGACGGACAGAAGUGCCGUGUUUGCUUUGCCUGGCUGGCCUGGCAGAACCCCCACAUGCUCUUCCUGGAUGAACCUACCAAUCACCUGGACAUCGAGACCAUCGACGCGCUGGCUGAAGCCGUCAACGAAUUUGAGGGAGGGAUGAUGCUGGUCAGCCAUGACUUCAGACUCAUACAGCAGGUGGCUCAGGAAAUUUGGGUGUGCGAGAACCAAACCAUCACCAAAUGGAGCGGAGACAUUUUGGCAUACAAGGAGCACUUGAAGUCAAAAAUUGAUAAACAGACACAUGACAUUUGAAGGUCUAGAGCCAGGACUCAAAUGGAUAGAUUUUGCUCUGCUCAUCUUACCGUAAUGCAUGUGAUCUAAGAACAUUUCCCACAGACCCCAAAUUUUUCAGCGAGGAUUGUAAAUCCCAUUUCAGUGUUCCAGCAUCAAAAUACAGUACACAAUACAUUCUCUCCUCUUUGCAGAGAACUUCACACUACACUACACACGCCAUUCAUUAUCUGUGUAUUAACUGUCACUUUACUUUUUAUUGAAUAUUAUAAAUGCAAUAAUGUUGAAUAAAUCAAAGUUUACCAAAAUAGUAGGCUAGGGGUUGAAUUACAUAAUGCUAAAACCAAUCAUUUGGAAAACAGAUUUGCAAAUGAGAAUGAAUAGAUACAGUGUAUGGCAACAGGAUACAAAAGGUCGACAAGAAGGCAGGCGAAAAAUGUAUAGACAGUAAAGCAAACUAGGGAAAUGAUGUAAAAAGGCUAGGGAAAGUAAGUAAAAAAACUUGAGAGACUGAAAUAAAAUGUACAAAAUCAUAAAAUGUAUAUUCUAGGCUUAGUGAGUGCCUGCACUAGUCAAGCAAACUCCACAAUAUUUGUAGGAGCUUACAGGUUUCUCAAAAUUACCACAGAUUUGGGCCAAGAAGCGUUGAGUGAUGUCAUCACAACAUGUAUGCUGCCAAUGCCCUCUUCGAUGCAUGUGCAUCGAACAGGAGUACGGCUAUCACAGAAACUAACUACAUAUGUGUCUUCACUGGUCAGAGUUUCAAAGAAUACUCUCUUGUUUGCAAUUUCACUAAUUAUGUUGGCUUCUGUUUUCCUAUUUCAGCUUAGACAAAAAUUUAUAAAAUUUAAUGUGGCUUAGGGCUUUCGAGCCACAUGCACCAAAUUUGGAUAUGUUGUAGACCCUGGUCUGAAGUUUGUUGCUAUUACUUUUCUAAGUGAUCCGAGUACCGGUACUUCCGGUACCGGAUCUCAAAUUGGCCUUUUUUCCCAUAGACUCCCAUUAUAAACUUUGGAGGUUAAUAACUCGGCAAGCUUUCAAACUAUCUACACCAAACUCGGCCAGCUCCUUUAGGGUGAUACUCUGAACAAAGUUUCAAAUUGGUGUAUCGACUGGCCUUUCGAUUGUGCCGCAUCCCCGCCCCCAAAAUAUGCAAAAUCAAAAAACUUUUUACAACAUGGACAUGUGACAUUCCAUUCCAAAACACUCAGAAAAAUGAGUGUAUUCUGAUGACGUCACAUGCUCGUCUCCACUUGCCUCCAAAUGUUUUGGCACCCUAUCUUUCUGUCCACAAAAGUAAUACUGUCCCUUAUGUCCACUCGCCUCCAAAAAGCACCGGCCUUUGCACCGGUCAAAGCCAACAUCAAAGUUUGUCACGACGAACUUUACGAAUCUAGUUCAAUUUGUUGUUCCUUUGGCUGCUCCCUUUUUGCUGACGCCACAAGGGAUCAUGUGGUCCACAUACAGUAUUUGAUUUUGGAUGCCCUUCCUGAUGCAACCCUCCUGUUUUAUCCGGGCUUGGGACCGGCACUGAGAGUUAGCUCUUUGAACCCGGGCCACAGCAUCGAUAGUGCGGGAUUCUGCCACUGAACAACCAGAAGUCCAAUUUCACCAAUUCAGGUAGUUUCCUGAAAAAAAAUAAAAGCACAGAAAACAAUCACAAUAAACUACCAGAGGAACCGAUUAGCUGGAUUGUAAUGCUGUGGAGAUACAGUAUCGGUAUGGGGUAAUGAUUC